AGGGGGAGAGAUCUAACCACCUUGUAGCAGCCAUGGCAACGCAGGACGUGGAGAUGGCCGAGCCCGAGCAGGUGCACCCGCUGCAGACGCAGUUCGAGGACGCGGAGGACGUCGCGGCCGCGCUCACGGCGAACGCGGCGCCCGACGCGGCCAUCCAGGCCUUCCAGCGCAUCAUCUCCUACGCCGGGGAGGACGCGGCGCUGGAGCAGGUGCAGCGCGUGAAGGAGCACUCGAUCUACAAGCUGGCGCAGCUGUACAUCCAGUUCGGCCGCGAGAAGGAGCUGGCCACGCUGCUGCAGUCGCUGCGGCCGUUCUUCGCCACGCUGGCCCGCGCCAAGACCGGCAAGAUCGUGCGCACGGUGAUCGACAUGGUGGCCAAGGUGAAGACGCUGGACGCCGACAAGGCGCUGCAGCUGCAGGCCGACCUGUGCCUGGACUCGAUCGAGUGGUGCAAGCAGGAGAAGCACACGUUCCUGCGCCAGCGCGUGGAGGCGCGCCUGGCCUCCAUCUACUUCCAGCAGCAAAAGUUCCAGCCGGCGCUGGACCUCAUCACCGAGCUGCUGUACGAGAUCAAGAAGCUGGACGACAAGCAGCUGCUGGUGGAGAUCCAUCUCGUGGAGAGCAAGCUGCACCACGCGCUGCGCAACGUGCCCAAGGCCAAGGCCGCGCUCACGGCGGCGCGCAGCAUCUCGAACACGAUCUACGUGGUGCCGCGCACGCAGGCGCAGAUCGACCAGAUGUCGGGCAUCCUGCACGCGGAGGAGCGCGACUACAAGACGGCGUACUCGUACUUCUUCGAGGCGUUCGAGGCGCUCGCGACGCUGGACGAGACCGAGGGACUCAAGUGCCUCAAGUACAUGCUGCUGGCCAAGAUCGCCAGCGGCGGUGCCAGCGAGGUGAACCUCAUUAUCAACAGCAAGCAGGCCAUGAAGUUCAUCGGCAUCGAUCUGGAGGCCAUGCAGGCUGUGGCCAAGGCCCACGAGCAGCGCUCGCUCGAGCAGUUUGAAGCGGCAACGAAGAAAUACGCCCCUCAGCUCGUGGAGGACGCGCUGAUCAAGAACCACCUGGGCAAGCUGUACGAGCAGCUCCUGGAGAGUAACUUGAUCAAGAUUAUCCAGCCCUUCUCGUGCGUCGAGAUCGCACACGUUGCCAAGCUGAUCAAGCUGCCGCUCCCGCAGAUUGAGUUGAAGUUGUCGCAAAUGAUCUUGGACCACAAGUUCCACGGCAUUCUGGACCAGGGCAAGGGCCAGUUGAUUGUCUACGACAGCCCUACUGAGGAUAAAACAUAUACCUCUGGCCUCGGUGUCAUCGAGAACGUCGGACACAUCGUAGACAACCUGUUCCGGCGCGCCGACAAGCUGCAGGCAUAA